GUGGUUUCUUAGAUCUAAGAAUCUAGUUGCACUUAUCAGCGCGAUUGGUUUAAUUGUGUUAUUGGUGUCUCCGGUAAAUCCUAUACUGGAGCUCGUCUGGAGCUGCAUUCGAAAAUAAAAUAGACACGUGACGAUUGGACGAUUAACUCUCCCGAGAGAUUAAUCCAAGAUGGCUCAGAAAGCCGCCAAAUCCCUCGCUGCCCGAAACGCCUCUACCCUAACCCGAACGCACCUCAUCGCCCUCGCCCUCCACACCAUCUAUCUCGUCCUCCACUUCACCUUCAACCGCCCCCGCUCUCUGAAACCCUACCUCCUCCUCGCAGGCCCAACACUCGUCAUCGAAUUCUACCUCGAACGCCUCGGUCGACCGCGCUAUACUGACGAUGGUAACCUACGUACUCCCGGCGAGGAUCUGGGCGCUACGGGCCUGACGGAGUACAUGUGGGAUGUCGUCUACUGGACCUGGGGGUGUAUGGCCUCCGUAUGUCUGUUCAAUGACCGCGCAUGGUGGUUGUGGAUUGUUGUGCCUUUGUAUUCAGUGUGGCUGGCAUAUACUACGUUUACGGGGAUGAAGAGCGGGUUUGCUGGGAUGGGGGGUGGUAGAUCGGAGGAACCAGCAGUAGCUGGUGGGGAGAGUAAGAGGCAGAAGAAGUUGGAGAAGAGGGGUGGGCAGAAGAUGCAGUAUCGAUGAACUCGGUAGAAGUACUGCGGUGCGCCAGAUCUAUGGAUUCAUAAUGCUGGAAUAGGCUUAGUGGAGUUACAGCUAUGUUAUAUUCAAUGCGUUCGUGCUCUAGAUAAUAUGGAAAAUGAUAUUUGUAGGAUGUAAAUAUUCUUAACAUGAUACACGAUUCACAAGCUAGAAACAUGAUAAAGGAUAAGAUUCAAAGUACGCAAGGCAUUCAGUCA